AUGUGGACUGCCACGCAUUUCCAGACAUCAGCCACAGAGCGAACGCCGCUUCGUUCCUCCACCGCCAUGGACGCCAGCCUCAUGGCCAACGAGGUGGCUCUCUCCAGCAGCUACCACAGUCCAGCGCAGCUCUCCACACACGCGGAGGACCCUCCGAUACUCGCAGCUGACGCGCAGGACGGACCGGAGCAGUUCGACUUUCACCAGUCGUUCGGAGUGAUGACGGGACGGCGACUUCAACGUCGUUAUCGAGGCGUGUACCAAAAGUAUUCGUUCAUGACGCAACUCAUCACGUGGAUUAUAGUCAUCUACAUCAUCGUGGUGUUCGCUGUGCUUUUAGCUAACGACGAUUCAGAUACCGAACAGGCCUCCUUGUCCGAUGGCGUUUUCUACUUUGUGGUGAUCUUUCUGGCGCUGUGUAUUCUCGUACAGUUGGCAUUGAUCGUGCGGUGGGUCAUUUACUGGGUCAUUAUCGCCGAGCUGUUGACGUACGCAAUCACUAGCAACUUGUACGUGUUAUUCUGGAUCGACGAAAACGAAGUGACGGACUCGGACCGGCAAGUGCGUCGUGUUAUGAUCAUCCUGCUCAGUUGCGUCGAAGUCAUAACGGUGGCGGCCUAUUGGUUCACUCACUACGCGUAUCCGUGGCUGGUGAUGCACCAGAAGUUUAAUGUCGUGAACUGGUGGAACAUCAAGCCUGGUGUCGAGACCAACUCGUUAAGUUACCGUUCGAAAGCUCGAUUCUACACCAGGAAGCGCAGUGUGGUUAAGUAUUGCGGAGGAUUGAACGCCCAGGGCCAGCCUCAUGGCUUUGGAAUGUGGACGGACACAGCUUAUCACGGCGAAUGCCUUACAGGCCAGUGGGAAGAUGGCGUUCCGAUAGGUCCGUUCCGCAGCUUUGAGCAUGGCAGUGGCUACUCGUUUGUGAACAUCCGCAUUGGCUUCUGCCACAAUCGGGGCGAGAAAAGUCCGACGGAUAUUUUCUUCUUCCCGAAGCAUUCACAGAACGGUUUGAACUGGGGCGUGGCAAGCGUGGAGUGCUCGGUGUCAGGCGGGUUCUUCAAAUACCUGCCCACAGUGACGCACUUGACGCCGUCGUACGUGGAUGAGGCUCCUCAGAGCGCGGCUGAGUGUCUUCCAGCGCUGCGGACCCCGACGGAUGGCGUUGUUUUCACGCACAAAGAUGAAGAAACGAUGCUGCGUGGUCAACCGCGUAAAGAACGCUUCAAGAGAAGGAAUCUCUUUCGGGAGGAGUCUGCUCCAGUGCUUGAUCUCCCAAAUGUCGACUGCGAAAAAGAAGCGCUGGUCUUACUACACGGCUACAACUGCUCGCUGAACUAUGGCAUGAAUCGUCUGGCACAGCUUCUUGCGCUUGGAGACUUCCCCUCCUACAUUCACCCGUUUGUGUUCAGCUGGCCCAGUGGAGGAGUUCUCGCGUAUUUCCAAGCCAAAGGAGUUGGAAGCGAGAGCGAACGCACAGCCGGCGACUUUAUUCUGUUCUUGAAGAGUCUGAUUGAUGCGGGGUACACAAAGCUAAACAUCAUCGCACACUCGAUGGGGGCCCGUGUCUACUUCAGUGCUCUCAACAAGUGGCUCUUGGAGGAAGUCUUCUUGCCUUCAGGAAGCCACACCAAUGUAGGUCGUGCCACAAAGAAGCUGGAACUCUCGACUCUGACGUUCUGUAACCCGGAUUACGACCGCGACGGUUUUGUUAAAUACGGUGGAGGCUACGAUCGCUCCCGACACUUCUGCAGCCACAUCACGCUGUACGCAGACAGUAUGGAUGGUGCACUCUUCUACUCGGAGUAUCUCACGAUGAAAUCCGCCGUCGGUCCGCUGAACUACUCACUCGGCAGAUGCGGACACACGAUCCAUCGCGACCCGGAAGAAAACGAGGUGGCGGGUCGGUCCGACACGCAGUUUCUCAACUGGCAGAACAAGAACUUGUCCGCCCCACUAGACUUGGAUCUAGCGUACGCAGCGGUGAACCAGCGUGGGAACUACCCAGGCGUGGCUUCGUUCGCGUACAACCGCAGCAGGAGUCACCCUACCAAUGACGAGUCAGCGCCUUACGGUACGACACGGGGCGAUGAAGACGCCCCUCUGCACUACCUUGACAUGGAUGUGAUCGACACCACCUGGAUGGACAACAAUGUACACGCGAUCCGGCACAACUACUUCAAUCUUAACCCGACUAUUGUCGACGAUCUACGUCACGUAAUUGUGCUGAAGAAACGAGCGAGUUCCCGCCCCGGUCUGCUCAAAACGACAUCGGCGGAGAACGUGUACAUUUUCCUAGUCGCACCCUCACACGUCAAGAACAAGUGAUCAUUCCAGGUUCCACCGAAACUAUUGUGGAGACAAACUUAAAUCAACACAAAUUGUCUUUU